AUGCCCCACACGAAUUCAAAAGAAUGGCUCAAGAGGAACAAGCUGUCAAACAGGAAACCAUCGAGCUCGAAAAAAACAAGCAGUUCAGGCGGCUCCAAGACUGUCCGUCGGCCUCACGCGGUCGAAUACGACGAGAAGGAUCGCUAUGAGUAUCUUACUGGAUUCUCGGCCAGGAAGAAGGCCGGUAAACUUGCUGCUCAGGAACGAGCCGCUCAAAAAGCACGGGAGGAGAAACUAGAGUUUAGACGUCAGUUGAAAGAUGCCCGAAUGUCGAAGAUCAAGGAGGCGAUUGAUCAGCAGACCGAGUGGUAUGGCAUCGAUGCGUUUGAGGGACAGGUGGGUACAGCACCAAGCAAUCAGCCGAGGCCGGCACGGACCGUCGAAAAGUUUGUCGAACGGUCGAACGAUGGUGUCGUCUCCGGCCCAUCACAGACCACCACCACCACGGUCACCAUCGAGCCAUUGGAAGUCGACCAUACCGUUCUGAUGGCCCACCCUACCAAUCCUCAGCCUCACUCCAACUACCAGCCCCACCCUGACCGAAACUUCCACAACAUCCAAUCCUCCUCUUCCUCCUCCGCAGCCACUCGAAAAUCCCGGGACGGGCCUGAUACCACACAGUCACGGAAGACGAUUAGUAAUAGAGUCAAGAGUAGUAGUAAGAUCAACAAGAAGAAGAAGAUCCCGUAUGAGAGCAAAGCUACUCGGACAAUCGAAAGGGUUAAGAAACAGGCCAAACGAGCAUCCAAAUCUUCACAGAAAAAAUCACCUCGUAAAAAAUGA